AGAGAGAGAGAGAGAGAGAGAGAGUAUUCUUUAGCAUUACAAGAAACAGGCGUGGUAUGCUUUAAAUUUUUGAAGAUCGGUCAGGAAAAGAAGCAAAAUAAUGGGCAAUGCUCAAUCCCCUCCCUCUGACCCUCUCUUCCUUUCUGCUUCCAGGAGUUUUACUCAGAAAGAGCUUGAAGAUCUCAACUCCCUCUUUCGUUCCUUGGCUGAACAGUCUGGUAGUGGUGGCAAGUUCAUCACACUCCCUGUUUUCCAGGCAUAUUUCAGUGUUCUUGGGCCUCUAGGAUCAAGAUUGUUUCAUUUGGUCACUCAGAAGAGAAAUGAUCAACAACUAACAUUUGAGGAUCUUAUAAUUGCAAAAGGAACUUAUGAGAAAGGAAGUCGAGAAGAAGUUGAAGAGUUCAUAAAUCAGUUGGUAGAUGUAAACGGGGAUGGCAUCUUAGACAGGUCUGAUUUGGAGGUCGUUUUGAAGUCGACGCUUGAAGCUGUUUUUACCCCAAAAGCGGCAGAAGCAGUUAAUAACUUGGAUUAUAGCAUCAUAGAAGUAUUUCUCCAUGCUGCAAAAUUUUCAAAGGAAGGCAGUAGUAUGUCGUAUGAGGAUUUCAAAAAUUGGUGCAAUCUUAUCCCAUCAGUGAGGAAGUUUCUUGGUAACUUGUUGUUACCGCUCGAUCCAGGAAGUGGUGGUUGCCACCUUCCACAACUGUUGUGCCCUGAAGAUUUUAGUCCGGACUUGCUUGUUUUAAGGAAAGAGUAUGCAUGGCAUAUAAGUGGUGCUCUUUCCCAGAAGGAGACAGAGGAAUGGAGGCUUCUAUAUCACAGCAGUGUGCAUGGACUGAGCUUCAAUACUUUCUUGGGGAAUCUGCAAAAUGCAGAGGGGCCAACUAUUAUGCUCAUCAAGGAUAAAGAAGGUUUCAUCUAUGGAGGUUAUGCUUCUUUGCCAUGGGAGAGACAUAGUGAUUUUUAUGGUGAUAUGAAGUCUUUUCUCUUCAGUUUAUAUCCACAUGCUGCUAUAUUUCGACCUACAGGAUCAAAUGGUAAUUUGCAAUGGUGUGCAGUGAAUUUUACUUCGGAGAGCAUUCCAAAUGGCCUUGGUUUCGGGGGGAGAGCGAAUCAUUUUGGACUCUUCAUCUCCGCAAGCUUUGAUCAUGGCCACACUUUCACUUGCAGCACCUUUGAUAAUCCCUGCCUUUCAAAGCAAGAUAAGAUCUACCCUGAAAUAAUAGAGUGCUGGGGUGUAAUGGAGAAAGGAGGGGAACAAGAGAAGUUUGAUUCAGUUAAAGGAACCAUUCUUGAGAGGUUCAAAGAAGAUCGAAAUAUGCUGAAUAUGGUUGGGCUUGCAAAUGCUAGUGAAUGAAUGUGUUCUGAUC